AUGGGUAAGGAAGCAAUUAGAGAAGAACUAGUGAAAAGUAGGUAUGUGCACACUCCUUUGGCACCAAAAACUCAAGCAUCAGACUUUGCAGCAUCGAACAUGCCGAUGGUUGCGAUGUUUCUAAGAAACAAAGCUAUUGCAUGGUCUGCAUUUUUCAUUGCUUUUCAAUCGUAUUUAAAUGAGCCUCUCAUAUCGGAUCCAGCUGAUCAGUCACAACCACCAAUUAUGAAAAUAAUAUUUGCUACCGUUUCUGUUCUUGUCAGUUAUUUGGAUAUUAUAUUCCCAAAAAUGGGUCGGGCUCCUCCAAGUAAAGUUGCUUCAACAGUCACAGCAGUUGCAUCUUCAGUUACUGCGGUUGCAUCUUCGGUUACCACUACUGCUAUAAGUUCGGCUGCGAAAUGA